CAUGUGUGCUGAGAAGUAAGGAGAAAAGAAAAAAUAAGAGGGUUUGACAGUCUUAGAGAACGCCUGCCAUUCAUCAACAGCCACACUGAGAGGAGGGCGAAUACAUCUGGCCAGAAACUUCUUGGUCCUCCAGAACUUGGAUCUUCUCCAUCCUGAACAACAGCAAUAGAAGAGGAGCUUUUUCCACUCUGCCGACGAAACUGGAGUAUGGCCUGCCAUCCUUGUCAUCCCUGCCGCUGAUGCAGGUGGCCACCAUGAUUUCCCAUUGCCCUCUGGCCACCCUACUGUCUUUGCCCAUCAGUGCCCAGCUAAACCACUGCCCCGACCUGGAUAGCACCUUGCUGCUGGAGGGGGAGGGAGGUGUGACUCUGCAGAGGUACCAGCCUCGCUCCCCAGACAGCAGCCCUCACCACUGGAGCUCGGUUCAGGACUGGGGGGAGGAAGUUGAGGAGGGAGCCAUCUACAACGUGACACUGAAGAGGGUUCAGAUUCAGCAGGCAGCGAACAAGGGAGCAAGAUGGCUGGGGGCGGAGGGAGAUCGCCUGCCACCCGGCCACACGGUCAGCCAGCUGGAGACCUGUAAGAUCCGCAGUAUCCGUGCUGGGACACUGGAGCGCCUGGUGGAGACAUUAUUGACGGCUUUCGGAGACAACGACCUGACAUACACCUCCAUCUUCCUCUCCACCUACAGAGCCUUUGCCAGCACCCAGACUGUACUGCAGCUGCUGCUAGACAGAUAUGGGAGUGUGGAGGACAGCGAGCAGGAUGGCUCAGAAAAUAAUGAAGCCAUCAGAAAUGCCCUGGCUUCUAUCCUGCGCGCCUGGUUGGACCAGUGUCCUGAGGACUUCCAGGAGCCUCCAGACUACCCCUGUCUGCACAGGCUGAUGGACUACCUGCGGAAAGCUCUUCCAGGAUCAGAGGCUCUUAGACGGGCUGAGGUUCUGCUGGAGCAGCUGCACAGUCAGGCCAGCAUGGAUGAAACAGAUGUUGUUUUCCAAGGAAACAGUUCUUUCUGCCUGGGGGAGGAAGAGGAGGUGGAAAUCGAGGUACAGGAGGACUUCCUGUCCUUUGAUGCUGACCUGGUGGCCGAGCAGCUGACCUACAUGGAUGCGCUGUUGUUUAAGAAGGUGGUCCCCCACCAUUGCCUGGGCUCCAUCUGGUCCCAUAGAGACAAGAAGGACAACAAGCACAGUGCUCCCACCAUACGUGCAACCAUCACCCAGUUCAACGCGGUCGCCGCCUGCGUGGUGAACACCGUGCUGAAGCACAGACAGCUCAGACCGCAUGUCAGGGCGAAGGUCAUCCAGCGCUGGAUAGACAUUGCUCAGGAGUGCAGGAUACGCAAAAACUUCUCAUCCCUGAGAGCAAUUGUGUCGGCACUGCAAUCCAACCCUUUGUAUAGACUGAAAAAAGUGUGGGCAUGUGUACACAGAGACAGCAUGCAGACAUUUGAGGAGCUCUCAGACAUUUUCUCUGACCACAACAACUACCUGACCAGCAGAGAGCUGCUCAUGAGGGAAGGUACUUCAAAGUUUGCCAGUCUGGAGAGUUGUGCCAAAGAUCACCAGAAGCGCACCCACAAGAGACUGCAACUGCAAAAGGAAAUGGGAGCGAUGCAAGGAACCAUCCCAUACUUAGGGACGUUUCUAACGGACCUGACUAUGUUAGACACGGCCCUACCAGACUUUGUGGAGGGGGAGCUGAUCAACUUUGAGAAGAGACGCAGGGAGUUUGAGGUCAUCGCGCAGAUCAAGCUGCUCCAGUCUGCGUGUAACAGCUACUGCCUGACUGCAGACCAGGCGUUCAUUCGCUGGUUCAAGAACCAAACUCAGCUCAGCGAGGAGGAGAGCUACGCCCUGUCUUGUGAGAUCGAAGGUCUCGGCGACAGCAGCCCAACUUUACCAAAACCUAGAAAAAGUAUGGUGAAGAGGCUGAGCCUACUGUUUCUUGGACCAGAAAGCAGCUCGGCCAGUUCUCCAGUCAGAGAGACGCCACGCUCGCCUCCUACUGGCAGCUCGGGGGAGAGCAUGGACUCGGUCAGCGUGUCUUCCAACGACUCCAGCACUCCUUCAGAUAACGAGGGACUCGCCAGUCCCACUCACAACUCAGAAUCUCAACAAAACAAGCUCUCAGAAUCAUCAUCUUGCACUUCGCUCCACUCCAUGGACACCAAUUCAUCGACUGCUAGCAGUUCCAUGACUCCAGCGUCUCCAUCACUCCCUGGGCGUUCUGGUACCCACAGACGAUGCAUCUCCCUCACUCCUUUGUCCCCCAGCUCCCCGAGUCAGACCCCGGCUUAUAACACCCAAGCCCAGGACACAUGCAUCAUCAGAGUCAGCCUGGAGCAUGGCAAUGGGAAUCUGUACAAAAGCAUCCUGCUGACCAGUCAAGACAAGACCCCAGCUGUGAUAGCUAGAGCCAUGGCAAAGCACAACCUGGAGGUGGAGCCAGAGGAGGGAUUUGAGCUGGUGCAGGUCAUUUCUGAGGAGAAAGAGCUGGUGAUUCCUGACAACGCAAACGUUUUUUACGCCAUGAACACCUCUGCCAACUUUGACUUCCUGCUGCGCGCCCGAGGCUCGGCCGGCCGGCCGGUGCAGCUGCGGAGUCGCUGCAGUUCCACUCUUCCCCGGGCCCAGGCUCGCUCCAGCCUCUCGCUCAGACUCAGCAAAGUAACGCUGUGACUCCCUCAUACUCUUGCCUACAGCGAAGACAGUGAUUAUGAGUGGAUUCAAUAAGACAUAAAAAGAGCUAUGAGAUGUUUAACGUGGACCAGAUGCAGUGAGCUCUUAGACUCUGUUUUACUCGUACCAUUUGGGUCACUUUACUGUGCCAUCAUCACCCUCCCAGCCUUAAUGUGCAACAGUGACCCCAAGUGGCCUCCAAUCUUUACAGGUUUUUUUUGCACAAGUGGGAGAACCAAGCUCCCAGACCUCCAACAGUAUUGAAAACGACUAGUCUUUGUAGAUUAAGCUUUAAUUUGUUGUUUUAAACAGGAAUAAAACAGAAGAUAUCUGUUGUUUUGUUCUGUUAAUAAUGUCUAACAGUAUUCUAAACCAUAUUAACUGACUGAAAGAAACUGUGACGUCAGUACUUUAACCCAUUCGGGCAUCUUGAACAGUCCUAGUCGGGCUUGUGCACAAUGUGCACAGUGUACGUGUAUACAUAUUUGUGUAUAUGUGUGUGUUCCCCCCCUCCCGCCAUAUUGCGAGCUGUGUGACGAAUGCAGGUGCAUUCUGAUAAGUUCCUAUACUUGGUUUUAUCAAGUCCUUGGCAAAUACUGAAAAGGCCUUACCUGCCCUGUCUUCAGGGUGAAGAGGUGCAAUUAGUGCUGCUUUCUGAAGCUGAUUUUUCUGCUUGCAUUGAAAUAAAUUCUACGUGCAAGAACGGAAAAUGAAUUUGGCAUUCUACUGCUAUAGAAAGCAGAUAAAUAUCUGACUGAUGCAUACUUGUACCGUAUGCUAGUCGACAGACGCCAGUGUUAUGUGAAUCUGAAGGAUGAAUGAACCGCUCUGUAGGUGGUUUUACUCCCUCUUUACUAAACGAGAUCAUGUUUUUUGUUUAUAACUGUUGCUUUUUUUUUUUAUAUAUAUGUUUUUUUGUAUUUCUUUUGUGGGCUUAUUUCAUUCCAGAAAUGUUUUCACUAAUGUUAAAGUGACAGGAAAUCUUAAACAUAAGAACUCAAACAGUCAUAAAAGAAAACCAUCUGUGCCAGAUUUAACUUUGACAAAUUCCAAAGGACGCUUUAUUUCAUUAUCCAUCUGUCUCAUGUAAACCCUUCUCCUCUGUAAGCCAGGUGGAUGUCUCCUCACACUAAAUCACAUCAGCAUUAGCGGGUUCCUACAGGGUUAUGGUCAUAGCACGAUGCUACCAGUCUGACCACUGAUCCCAGUCUGUGUUAACAUGUUAGCUGGGCUUCUUAAUGCAGCCCUUCACUUUAAAAUGUUUUUCUAAAAUCCAUGCCCAUUUCCUGUUCUCCACUGCCAAAGACUCUUACUCUACUUAGAUGAAUAAAUUAUUGC